UUUUCAAAGAGCUUCAAAAUCGAGUGAGGCACGAGAAGAAGAACGGCGGUCCUCACAUCCCUAAGAUUCAGGAGAGGAAGAGCAACCGCUUCUCCAUCCCGGAUCUGCCCGGAGACAUGGAGUUUCCCACGGACAGCAAGAGCCGCAAGAAGAUGAAGGCCAACACGGUGUCCGGGGGACGCAACAAGAUCCGCAAGAUGCUGGAGAAGACCCGGUUCAGCAUCCUCCCCCCGAAGCCCUUCAGGGGACUGUUUGGUGACAGUGGCUUGUCCCAGUCUCAGGAUGACAGUGUGGUGGGCACGAAGCAGUGCCGGCACAGCGUGGCCAUCAUGCCGAUCCCGGGCAGCCUCUCGUCCAGCAGCCCGGACCUGCUCCAGCCCGCCAGCGCACUCGACUUCACCAACCCCGCAGUGGCUGGUUUCUACUACAUUCCCGAUCAGGUGAUCCGCGUGUUCAAGGCGGACCAGCAGAGCUGCUAUAUCAUCAUCAGUAAAGACACCACAGCCAAAGACGUCGUCUCGCAUGUGGUGAGCGAGUUCGGCCUCAUCGCAGCUUCGGAGACGUACUCGCUGUGUGAGGUCUCUGUUAGUCCUGAAGGGGUCAUUAAACAGCGCCGACUGCCGGACCAGCUCUCAAAACUAGCAGACCGCAUACAACUCAACGGCAGGUACUACCUGAAGAACAACAUGGAGACGGAGACGCUGUGCUCGGAUGAAGACGCGCAGGACCUGCUGCGGGAGAGUCAGAUCGGGCUGCUUCAGCUCAGCACCGUGGAGGUGGCGGCUCAGCUCUCCAUGAGGGACUUCGGCCUGUUCAGGAACAUCGAGUCCACCGAGUACGUGGACGACCUGUUCAAGCUGGACCCGGGCGGUGGCCAACAUCUGAAGCAGUUCGAAGACAUCAUCAACCAGGAGACGUUCUGGGUGGCCACUGAGAUCCUCCGCGAGGCCAACGCGCUCAAGCGCAUGAAGACCAUCAAGCACUUCAUCAAGAUCGCCCUGCACUGCCGCGAGUGCAAGAACUUCAACUCCAUGUUUGCCAUCAUCAGUGGUCUUAAUCUGGCGUCAGUGGCUCGGUUGCGGAGCACGUGGGAGAAACUACCCAGCAAGUACGAGAAGCUCUUCCGCGAUCUGCAGGACAUCUUCGACCCGUCACGAAACAUGGCCAAAUACCGCAACAUCCUGAGCAGCCAGAGCGUGCAGCCUCCCAUCAUCCCCCUGUUCCCUGUGGUCAAGAAGGACCUCACUUUCCUGCACGAAGGGAACGACUCGAGUGUUGAUGGUCUUGUCAAUUUCGAAAAGUUGCGAAUGAUCGCCAAGGAGAUCCGAAACGUUGUGCGCAUGACAUCAGCCAACAUGGACCCGGCACUCAUGUUCAGACAGAGAAAGAAGCGCUGGAAGAGUUUAGGGUCUCUGAGUCAGGCCAGCACUAACUCCAACCUGCUGGAGGUGACGGCGGGCCACAAGAAGCGUGUGCGGCGCAGCUCUCUGCUCAACGCCAGGAAGCUGUACGAGGACGCGCAGAUGUCCCGGCGGGUGAAGCAGUAUCUGGCACACCUGGAGGUGGAGGAGGACGAGGACAAGCUCCACAUGCUGUCUCUGCAGUGCGAACCGGCCUACAGCACACUGUCGAAGAACCUGAACGAGCGGCGCACCGCUAAGCCGGACAUGUCUCCGGUGUCGCUGCGCUCGGGUGUGUCGUCCUCCAGGCCUCAGAGCCGCGUGUCUCAGGUGCUGCAGGUUCCUCCCGUUAGCCUGUACCCGCUGCGCAAGAAGAGCCUCGCUAAAGACCUGAGCGCCGCCUUCAGUCCCAGCUCGCCUCAGACGCAGAAGAGAGCCGAAGACCCGUCCACCGCCUCGUCCCUGCACUCCAGUCCCACCGGCUCGCCUCAGGGAUCUCCUCGCAAAGCAGGCGCAGCUCCCAGACUGAACCUGUCGGGCUCGUCGUCGUCUCUGGCCGGCGAGGUCACCACUCGGGCGCCCGCGCGCACGUACGGCAUAGGUUACGCCCUGAUGCCGGUGGGCAGAUCUGAGCUGUCCGACUCCAGCGAGAUCUCGUCCCGCUCCAGCAUCGUCAGUAACUGCUCUGUGGACUCCAUGCUCACGGCCAACACCGCCAGCUGCCCGUCAGAGACGCCCGCGCACACUCUCGCAGACACCAGCUCACCUUCACCUCGACCCUCUGGGACGAGGGAGUCCAGCGUGCCGUGUUCGACGAGCGGCGAGGAGCUGACGGUGCCGAAUCACUCCUCGGUCUCUGAGAUGGCCGACAGCGGGCGCGGGAGCUGGACGUCCUGCUCCAGUAACUCCCACGACAGCCUCCAGACUCUCCCCGGCCCGCGCGCCCCCGACCUGCUCACCCACCGCCACACGCCCAUGGGCGGCCCGAUCGCUGAGGUCCCGAUCCCAGACGGCUCCGAGCCCAGUCGGUCCUCGAGCUCGCUGUCGGACACGUACGAGGGAAGCUACGACACCAUCAAACGCAAGAGCGCAGAUCCCGCCGCCUCCGACGGGCAGAACAGCACAGAUCCUGCCUACAAGAUGAUCACGUCCAGCACGGAGAAGGGCCUCAUAGUGUACUGUGUAACGUCACCCUGCAAAGACGAUAGGUUCACGGCGCCGCCCCCGACCCCGCCGGGGUACCAGGGCCUGAGUCUGGGCGACACACUCGUGCAGGACGGAGGAAAAGCCCACGUAAAGCCGCCCGAUUAUAGCGUGGCCUUGCAGAGGUGCAAGCUGAGACACAGCCUGGCCGAGCCCACCCUGUCCCGGCCGCCCAGUGUCGCUCUCCAGACUCACGCCGAGAGCGAGGAGGACGAGCAGGUUUCUGCCGUGUGACCGGACCUCAGCGCUGCACACACACUCCAGAGCAGGUACAGGUUUGCACACGUUAAACAAAGCCGUUCAUGGAGCGACUCGCUGAAGAAAGCCUGUCCAGCCGGACCCGUUCCUCCAAUACCUCUUCUCAUUCACACGCUCGCCGGAGAAACACACACUCGAGUCUCGUGGUGUGUGUGAGCAGGAAUCAGACACAGAGACGAGUGUUUACGGUACUUUAGUGGCGCACAGCUUCCUGUGUGUGUGUGAAGGUUACGCAUGAUCUCAGCAGCGUUCACACACACGUCCUCGGUUUACAGUGUUUCUUCUCGCUGAAAUGCGCAUCACGCUGCGUCUGCCUCGUUUUUUACGCAAUAAUAACGUGUGUGUGUGUGUGUGGACGGACGGCGUCGUCCGAUUGUACAGUCUCAGAUGUGGAUUUGCUACUCCUGUCGGUGUAUAUAGUGAGCGAGAUCAAUAUUGCUUGUCAAGGGAAAAUAUAUUUAUAUGCUAGAUGUGCAUUUUCAGUCCUUGUUAGUUAAUGCUCUUUUGUAUAGAAUGCAACGGUUUGAUAGUUGUUACUCUCUGUUAGCAAACGAACACAUUUGUAUAUGAACUAAAUCUUCGAUGUAUAGGGUUGACAUUAAUGUAUUAUAUUAAGGGAAUAUAACUGGAGUAUUACGUUUGUAUGGUUUGCUUUCCCUGUCCGGACCCAGAUGCUUUUCUUCUUACUGUUGUUUUAUUUUUUGAGUAUGUUGUUUGCGAUGAACAGCAUUGAUUGUAUUAAUGAUAUAAGCAUAAAGGGUUUUUUAAUGUAUGUUUUAUUGUAAAUGAAUGUGAUCAUGUACAGCUGAGAAGAGAGUGCGCUAUAUAAACUGUAUUUUCACUAUUUUGUUGAAAUAAAUCUGGGGUUGUGACCGCUCCAGUUACUGGG